GACAUUUCGUCAUCACUGGAACAGAAACUUCUAACUGAAAUUAGAGUUGCAGUCUCCUUCCUCUGUGAGCUUCCAACUCCCUGUGAUUUGGGUUCGCAGCACCCUCUGAAAUCAGCAGAGAGAUCCGGAUUCAACCCACGAAGACCCGGAUCCAUCAAAAAUGAAUAUAUUCAGAUUAGCGGGUGACAUGACCCAUCUUGCCAGCGUUCUCGUCUUGCUCCUCAAGAUCCACACCAUCAAAUCCUGUGCUGGUGUUUCUUUGAAGACUCAAGAACUCUAUGCCCUUGUUUUUGUUACUCGCUACUUGGACAUUUUCACCGAUUUCAUAUCUUUAUAUAACACCGUCAUGAAGCUAAUAUUCUUGGGGAGUUCUUUUUCAAUUGUUUGGUACAUUAGGCAGCACAGGAUUGUUCGCAGGUCCUAUGAUAGAGACCAAGACACCUUCCGCCAUCAUUUCCUACUGGCACCAUGUCUAGUUUUGGCCCUAAUAUUCAAUGAGAAGUUCACUUUCAAGGAGGUCUUGUGGUCAUUUUCAUUAUUUUUAGAAGCUGUUGCUAUCCUUCCUCAGCUUGUGCUGUUACAGAGAACGAGAAAUAUUGACAACUUGACAGGGCAAUACGUCUUCCUCCUUGGUGCAUACCGAGCAUUAUACAUCCUCAACUGGAUUUACCGCUACUUCACUGAACCACACUAUAUCCAUUGGACACCAUGGAUUGCUGGGAUUGUUCAAACACUGCUUUAUGGCGACUUCUUCUACUAUUAUUUCCACAGUUGGAAAAACAACCAGAAGCUUCAGAUACCUGCUUGAGUUCAGCCACCUUUUACUCAGCCAUUGCUUUAGGAUACGCAAAGGAUCGGAUUCCAUACGAUAACGGGGAUUAUUGGACUACAGUUUCAAAGCUGUGCUGUUUUAACUCUCUUCCCAGUUUUGCCUGUUUCACAUGGCUUCUUGAAGCAACAACUGUUUUCAGUACUUAGGAUUGUAUACUUCUCAGAAAGUCAUAAGUUUUGAUCUUGAUAUGUACUUCUCAGAAAUGACAGAGUUUCAAGGCUUCAUGAUA